GUGGGCCUGUUGUCAUGGGGGAGGUGGUGGCGCUUGGUGGCUACUGGCGGCCGAGGUAGAGAGGCAGCCGCGCCGGAGUUGGUCGUGGGCAGCUGCAGAUUUGGAACUUAAGCAGCUUCUUCCAGGGAAGUGUGCCAGUGCAGCCACUGUCGCAAUCAAGAUCUUGAUCCGAAUACAUAGGUUGGAAUAUUGGUGGGGCAACAAUCCUCAGACACCUCACUUAGAACAGAGUCUCAUUAAGUUCCCCAGGCUGGCUUCAAACUUGGGAUCUACCUGCCUCAGCCUCCAAGUAACUGGAAUUACAGGUGUACACCACCAAACACAGCUUAUUAUCCUUUUUUAUACUGAAGAGUUGAAACUCCUAAAUGAGGAAACUGAGGCUUGGUGAAGUUAUGAAACUUGUCCAAAGUUACACAGCUUGUAAAGGGCACAGCCAAGAUUCAGAGCCAGGUACCUCAAGGUUGUAAAAAUUAAGAUGAACAAACUACGGCAAAGUUUUAGAAGAAAGAAAGAUGUUUAUGUUCCAGAGGCCAGUCGUCCACAUCAGUGGCAGACAGAUGAAGAAGGGGUUCGCACUGGAAAAUGUAGCUUCCCAGUUAAGUACCUUGGCCAUGUAGAAGUUGAUGAGUCAAGAGGAAUGCACAUCUGUGAAGAUGCAGUAAAAAGAUUAAAAGCUGAAAGGAAGUUCUUCAAAGGCUUCUUUGGAAAAACUGGAAAGAAAGCAGUGAAAGCAGUCCUGUGGGUAUCAGCAGAUGGACUCAGAGUUGUGGAUGAAAAAACUAAGGACCUCAUAGUUGACCAGACUAUAGAGAAAGUUUCUUUUUGUGCACCAGAUAGGAACUUUGAUAGAGCCUUUUCUUAUAUAUGUCGUGAUGGCACCACUCGGCGCUGGAUCUGUCACUGCUUCAUGGCUGUCAAAGACACGGGUGAAAGAUUGAGCCAUGCGGUGGGCUGUGCUUUCGCAGCCUGUUUAGAGCGUAAGCAGAAGCGGGAGAAGGAGUGUGGAGUGACUGCCACUUUUGAUGCUAGUCGGACCACCUUUACAAGAGAAGGAUCAUUCCGUGUCACAACUGCCACUGAACAAGCAGAAAGAGAGGAGAUCAUGAAACAAAUGCAAGAUGCCAAGAAAGUUGAAACAGAUAAGACAGUUGUUGGUUCUUCAGUGGCCCCUGGCAACACUGCCUCAUCCCCAUCCUCUCCCACUUCUCCCACUUUGGAUGCCACUGCCUCUCUGGAGAUGAAUAAUCCUCACGCCAUCCCACGCCGGCACGCACCAAUUGAACAGCUUGCUCGCCAAGGCUCUUUCCGAGGAUUUCCUGCUCUAAGCCAGAAGAUGUCACCCUUUAAACGCCAACUAUCCCUACGCAUCAAUGAGUUGCCUUCUACUAUGCAGAGAAAGACCGAUUUCCCCAUAAAAAAUGCAGUGCCAGAGGUAGAAGGGGAGGCAGAGAGCAUCAGUUCCCUGUGCUCACAGAUCACCAAUGCCUUCAGCACACCCUCUGAGGACCCCUUCUCUUCCGCACCAAUGACCAAACCAGUGACAGUGGUGGCACCACAGUCUCCUGCCUUCCAAGCUAAUGGCACUGACUCAACCUUCCAUGUGCUUGCUGCUAAGCCAGCCCAUACUGCUCUAGCACCCGUAGCAAUGCCUGUGCGUGAAACCAACCCUUGGGCCCAUGCCCCUGAUGCUGCUAACAAGGAAAUUGCAGCCACUCGUCCGGGGACUGAGUGGGCUCAAUCUUCUGGUGCUGCCUCUCCAGGUCUCUUCCACGGUGGUCAUAGACGUACUCCCUCUGAGGCUGACCGCUGGUUAGAAGAAGUGUCGAAGAGUGUCCGAGCCCAGCAGCCCCAGGCCUCAGCUGCCCCCUUGCAGCCAGUUCUCCAGCCUCCUCCACCCACUGCCAUUUCCCAGCCAGCACAGCCUUUCCAAGGGAAUGCAUUCCUCACCUCUCAGCCCGUGCCAGUGGGUGUGGUCCCACCCCUGCCACCAGCCUUUGUCCCUGCCCAAUCCUAUCCUGUGGCCAACGGGAUGUCCUAUCCAGCCCCUAAUGUGCCUGUGGUGGGCAUCACCCCCUCACAGAUGGUAGCCAAUGUGUUUGGCACUGCAGGCCAUCCUCAGGCCACUCAUCCCCAUCAAUCACCCAGCCUGGUCAAGCAACAGACAUUCCCUCAGUAUGAGACAAGCAGUGCUACCACCAGUCCCUUCUUUAAGCCUCCUGCUCAGCACCUCAACGGUUCUGCAGCUUUCAAUGGUGUAGACGAUGGCAGGUUGGCCUCAGGAGACAAGCACACAGAGGUUCCUGCAGGCACCUGCCCAGUGGAUCCUUUUGAAGCCCAGUGGGCUGCAUUAGAAAGCAAGUCCAAGCAGCGUACUAAUCCCUCCCCUACCAACCCAUUCUCCAGUGACUUACAGAAGACAUUUGAAAUUGAACUUUAAGCAAUCUCUCUGGCUUAUGGGUCUUGUCUGUACCUAGGUAAAAGCAGGGGUGGAGGUCAAAGGAGCAAAAAAAGACUUUAUUCCUGAUCAGUAUACUUUUCACUAAUCCCAAACGUCCCAAGGAACAAGUCCAGGCAGUGAGGGGUGAUUUUGAAAGAAGUGAAGAAAGCCAUUCCUAGCAAAGACUGUCUUGCAGCUAAGCUAAAGUCAAGAAAAUGUUGUGCUCUCUAAACCCUCUUCCCUUGCCCCCUUACAAUACUCUGACAAUAGAAAGGCCAAAGUAUCUGAACAGGAAUCUGUAUUUAAAGCACAUUUACAGGAAUAAAAGCAAAACAAUCUCCCUUUACUUUUCAGGCCAUUCCCCUGCCUCCUCCUAGUACUGACCUGUCUUAAAGAUCAAGAAUGGUCUGUGCUUAGGCCAGGAAGAGAGGCAGAGGGUGCUGCCAGAAUUCCUGGGAGGGCACAUCAGCAACUAUCCAGCAGAGUUAUAUUUUGGGGGUAAAGUUAAGCUUCCAUUUUGAGUAACAGAAUAAAUAUUAUAAAUAUAUAUCAAAAAAGCCAAAAAUCUUUAUUUUUGUGCAUUUAGAAUAUUUUAAAUAGUUCUCAAUAUUAAAAAAUUGUAUGAGUUGUAAGUAAUCUUGCCAAAAGUAAAAGGUUAGUUGUAAGAAAUUGUACAUAAGAUUGAUUUAUCAUUGAUGCCUA